UACCCACACCUUGAAAACAGUCCUUAAAUCUCUCUCUCUCUCUCUCUCUCUCUCUCCAAAAAAUGGGGAUUUCUAGUUUGGUUUUGUUGGUGGGCUUGGUUUGCAGCUCUUUAAUGGUAGCAACUUAUGCUGGAAACUUUUACCAAGAUUUUGACCUAACAUGGGGUGGCAACCGCCCCAAAAUAUUCAAGGGAGGUCAACUUCUUUCUCUGUCUUUAGACAAAGUUUCUGGCUCUGGGUUUCAGUCCAAAAAAGAGUACCUCUUUGGGAGGAUUGAUAUGCAGCUUAAGCUUGUUCCCGGCAACUCUGCUGGCACCGUCACCGCAUACUACCUGUCCUCUCAAGGUCCUACACAUGAUGAAAUCGACUUCGAAUUCUUGGGAAAUCUUAGCGGUGACCCUUACAUUUUGCACACCAAUAUUUUCACCCAGGGCAAGGGAGAUAGAGAGCAGCAGUUCUAUCUCUGGUUUGACCCCUCAAAAAACUUCCACACUUAUUCCGUCAUCUGGAAGCCCCAACACAUAAUUUUCUUGGUUGACAAGACUCCCAUCAGAGUAUUCAAGAACGCUGAAGCAGUUGGUGUCCCAUUCCCGAAGAGCCAACCCAUGAGGAUAUACUCAAGCCUUUGGAAUGCAGAUGACUGGGCCACCAGAGGAGGGUUGGUGAAAACUGAUUGGUCGAAGGCACCCUUCACAGCAUACUACAGAAACUUCAACGUCAUUGAUUCCAGGUCAUCCAGUUCCUUCUCCGAAUGGCAGACUAACGAGCUUGAUGCUCCCAGCAGAAGACGUCUGAGAUGGGUGCAGAAAUAUUUCAUGAUUUACAACUAUUGCACCGACUUAAAACGCUUCCCACAAGGCGCUCCACCUGAAUGCAGACGAUCUUUCUAGUUCCCUUUAAAGAAAGAUUAAUGUUAAAGUUUAAUGAUCAAGGGCUUGAUAGUGUUUUUAAUUAUUACUUCCGGUGAACACAGAGUUUGGCCUAGCAUCGUGUCAAAUAAAUGAAAUGUUUCUUUCUUCCUUGUAUGAUUAGCGGUAAUGUUGUAAGAUCUGUUUAUAUAAUAAAUUUUGGGGUCUGUGGCUUCUCACAUUCCUUUUUAAUCUA